AUGAAUGAUAAUGAUGAAAACGAGCUCUCAGGUGGCUUCAAGCGUCUCUAUGGACUCUUCAAGGUCCUCAAUACCCACUUGACAUUUCUAGCAUCGCAUUCCCGUACUACAAUCCCUACUUUCGAAACAAUCCAAAAGUUUCUUCCCAAUAUAACCCAACUUGAUUUGGCUGUGAUUACUCAUAUUCUACCACAGGGAGACGUUGCGUACCGCUAUGUCGAUGAAAAUCAGGUGCUUUUGUCAUUUGCUGAAAAAGUGGAGUAUAGCUGGAGCCAUGGAUACAAACUGACAAAAGUCAGUGAAUCUACAUACGAGCCCGAAACUGUCUCGAAACAAUUGCUCAUAUUUGAUUUUCGAGAUACUAAAUUCCACGGCAUUGGUUCGAAAGUAAAGGGUGCCAAGAUAAAACGCAGAAAAGUUGAAAAGGAUAAACCUGAAACUGGAUUUUUCUUAUCCACGGCAGACUUGUCGUUACAAAAUCUACUGAGUGAUCAAUUGCUUAAAAUAAUUACUUCUAGGAACUCCAAAUUUAUCAGACACUUGAAACCAUACACAGACAAAGCCUACGAAGAUUUGGAGAGUCAAUGCACUGAUUUGAUACCCAUUCCCCCACAACUCCAUGAUCCUGUUGAAGAGCUCGAACUGAAGCAGGUAAUACUAGCGGAUCAGUCCAGUCGUCCUCUGAUAAAGACCAUGGUGUCAGCACUUAAGCUGGCUGACUUCUACAAGAACCAGGUGGAAGCUAUAGAAACCUUAACUGCUUCUCGUCCGGCCACCACUCUUCCUUUGGACAAAUCAAUAGAAUUGCAUCCUGAAUUAGUCUUUGCUCUCAAGACAGUGAAGAAUAUUGACGUUGAAAAGGAUCUAUACAGUCAUCAGUCCGAAGCACUCAAGUCCAUUCUUGCACACAAAAACCAUACGAUUGUCAGCACUUCCACUAGCUCCGGCAAAUCUCUCAUUUAUCAGAUUCCAAUCGUUAAUGAAAUUUUGUGGGACUUGGAAGAAAAUUCAAAAGCUAACAAGAGACGAAGCACAGCAUUUUUCAUUUUUCCCACAAAGGCUCUUGCCCAAGAUCAAUUGCGCCAUCUUCAAAACUUGAUAAGUGCCUUACCAAGCAAUAGUAAACGUCAAAUAAUCAUAGACGCAUACGAUGGAGAUACUCCGGCAGAAUCUCGAUCUAGAAUAAGAAGAUUCGCUGAUAUCAUAUUUACUAACCCAGAUACAAUUCAUGCUUCAAUACUACCGAACCAUAGUGGCUACUCUUAUCUGGACUCUUCAGAUGGGUGGAAAGAUUUUUUAUCAAACUUGAAAUUUGUUGUCGUUGAUGAACUACAUGUGUACAAGGGAACUUUUGGUGUGAACAUUAGGUACGUGAUGAGUCGGUUGCAACGAAUACAUGCAAAAAUUACAGAACAUUUAUCAAAAGAUAUUAUAUUUGUUUCUUGUUCAGCGACAGUUCUGAAUCCACCUUCUCACUUCAGAGCCAUCUGUGGUAUUCACAGCUCUGAGCACGUUAUGCAUAUUCAUCAAGAUGGAAGUCCUUGCUCUGAGAAGAAACUAGUUGUGUGGAAUCCACCUCCUUUGAUGAAUAAAAGAGGUCAGACUCAGUCCCAACUACAGUCAUCAAGCGAGGUUUCUAUCACCAACAAAUUUAUACCACGAGUAUCACUGGUGGAAGAACUGGCCCGCUUAUUGCUACACUUGUUGUCAAAGCUUCCUACCAUCAAGGUGAUUUUAUUUUGUCCUAUUCGUGCAGUUUGUGAAUUGAUUAUGAAGGAAGUUCGAAGCCUUCUUCUGCAACAGAAGUGGCCCAAUGUUCAGAGUUCUGAUAUCAUGUCCUAUCGUGGUGGGUAUUCCAAAUCAGAUCGUCGUUUAAUUGAGCAAAAGAUGUUUUCAGGUCAACUCCGGGCAAUAGUAGCCACCAAUGCCUUGGAACUAGGAAUUGAUCUUGCUGAUUUGGACAUUGUGAUCGCUUGUGGUUUUAGUGGAUCCAAGCUGAAUUUGCACCAACAGUUUGGUAGAGCUGGUAGGGGACGAGAUUCCAAUGGAAGCUUGGCUAUCUAUGUUUCAGGAAGCUCUCCAGUUGACCAAUACUAUCUCAAGAAUUACAUGGAACUAUGUGAUAAAUCUGAGUACGAAGAUUUGUGUGUUGAAGGGUUGAUUGAGAUUGGACAGGCACAACUCAUUUUGGAACUGCAUUUGCAGUGUGCUGCUUUCGAAUGGCCAAUAGACCUUGAGCACGAUAUGAAAUGGUUUACAUUCAAUGAUUCAGCAAAACAACAAAAUCAGUACGUUGAAUUGUGUCGUACAAAAUUAGUCACAGACAACCUUGGAAGGUAUCGAACAAAUCCCACCUAUCUUCCGUGGCCCGUUGACCAUUGUUCAAUUCGUCAUGUAGACGACAAUGUCUAUGCGGUUGUCGAUAUAACUGACGGUAGAAAUGUGGUAAUUGAGGAGGUCGAAGAACUGAGAACAAGCUUUACAUUAUAUGAGGGAGGAAUCUUUCUACAUCAGGGAGUUUCGUAUUUGGUAAAAGAAUUCAACACAGAAGAAAAGUAUUCAAAGGUACAGAGAGUUGAAGUUGAUUGGACCACCUCUCAACGUGACUAUUCUGAUGUUGAUCCAAUUGAAAUUGAGGUAGUUAAAUGUCUUCGGUCACCCUUGAAUUUCAUCAAUGAUAUUCCCGUCUUUUACGGAAAAAUACUAACCACGAUCAAGGUCUUCGGAUACUUCAAGCUCAACAGGAAAGCAGAAAUAUUGGAGGCAGUUGAUGUGGCCAAUCCUCCAGUCUUUUUGAAAUCAAAGGGUUUCUGGAUAGAUAUACCAGAGAAAGCUCUUCUUCUUAUUCAAGAUUUGAAGUUGUCCCCAGCUGGUGGUGUCCAUGCAGCGCAGCAUGCUAUCAUGAAUAUCUUACCACUAUUUAUAAGUGGUGGAGCCACCACCAAUCCAAAUGCAAGAUUUCUUUCCAACGUCGGAGAGGCUGAGCUUCGAACCGAAUGCAAGGCUCCUGAAAAAGAAUUUGCUAGGAGAGAAACCUCUAGAAAGCGACCCGCUCGCUUGGUAUUUCACGAUGCGAGAGGUGGUGAGAGAGGAACAGGAGUAUCUGCCAAAACCUUCGAACAUAUUGACGAAAUCAUCUUCACAACUUACAAGCGGAUUAAAGAAUGCGAGUGCGAAUGGGGCUGUCCUCUGUGUGUUACGGCAUCGUUUUGUAAAGAGAACAUGUUGGUAAUGUCAAAGCCUGCUGCUAUUAUUAUUCUAGCUGACCUAUUGGGGCUUCCCUUGGAUAAAAUCAAAGAGGAAGUUCCCCAUGGUCCUGAGCCUAAUAUGCCUCGACAGUCCAUUGAGACUGUGUUGCCAGUUCGUCAGGCAAUAAAGUUCUCCAAGGAUGUUGAAAUAAUAGCGUCGAGACCUAUAGCUGAGCCAGAGAGAAUUGUUGUGAAAACGGAGGAUGAAUCUGACUGA